GCAUGUCUCCCAAGCUUUAAGGUAAGCCCUGGAGUAGGUUUGGACGUGGCAACAUUUACAGACCUUCUACACUAUUCCUCACACUCGCGUGCCAAGUGGAUUCCCGUCUUCUCACGUAAACAUAGCCGUCUUCUAGAAAGUCCACUCGAAUUAAGGCUGCAGAAGAAGGCAGGACGAUGAAGUUCCUGGUUUUUAUUUCCUGGGUCCUGGUCAGCUGCCUGAGGACACACGCAGAGGUUUUCACCUCCAUAGGCCAAAUGACAGACCUGCUGUACACAGAGAAGGAGCUGGUUCAGUCUCUCAGGGACUACAUCAAAGCAGAGGAGUCCAAGCUCGCCGCAGUCAAAAGUUGGGCCAACAAACUGGAUGCUCUGACCAGAGUCUCCACCUCCGACCCAGAGGGUUACCUGGCCCACCCAGUAAACGCCUACAAACUGAUGAAGAGGCUCAACACGGAGUGGUCUGAGCUGGAGAGCCUGGUGCUGCAGAACCCCUCUGAUGGGUUUAUCUCCAACAUGUCUGUGCACAGGCAGUAUUUCCCCGAUGAGGAGGACCAGACGGGAGCGGCCAAGGCGCUGAUGCGCCUGCAGGACACGUAUCAACUGGAUUCUGAGGCCUUCUCCAAAGGAAUGCUGCCAGGUGUUCACUCCAACGCCGUGCUGACAGUGGACGACUGCUUCGACAUGGGGAAGACGGCUUACAACGACGCAGACUACUACCACGCCGUGCUGUGGUUUCAGCAAGCCCUGAAGCAGCUGGAUGACGGAGAGGAAGCAGCGGUGUCCAAAGCAGACAUUCUGGACUACCUCAGCUACUCGGUUUACCAAAUGGGGGAUUUGCCUCGGGCAAUUGAGCUGACGCGGAGACUUGUGGCCAUCGACCCUAACCACCAGAGGGCAGGAGGAAACCUCCGUUAUUUUGAGCAACUGCUAAUGAAGCAGCUCAAAGAGUCCAACCAGGACUACCAGCCUCCCUCUGAGGAGCCCAUUCAGCUGGGGACCUACACCCGACCAAAAGACCACCUGCCUGAGAGGGAGACUUAUGAGGCGCUGUGCAGAGGAGAGGGGUUACAACUGACUGAAGCAAGGAGGAGUCGUCUGUUCUGUCGCUACCACGACGGUAAAAGGAGCCCCCGUCUCCUGCUGAAGCCCAUAAAGGAAGAGGACGAGUGGGACAACCCUCACAUCGUGCGCUACCUGAACAUCCUAUCAGACCAGGAGAUCGAGAAGAUUAAAGAGCUGGCAAAGCCCAGGCUUGCCAGAGCUACAGUCCGAGACCCUAAAACUGGCGUCCUGACUACAGCACCCUACCGAGUAUCUAAAAGUGCAUGGUUGGAAGGAGAAGAUGAUCCUGUCAUCGACAGAGUCAAUCAGAGAAUACAAGACAUCACUGGCCUAACAGUGGAAACUGCAGAGUUAUUGCAGGUUGCAAACUAUGGCGUUGGUGGACAGUAUGAGCCACAUUUCGACUUUUCAAGGAAAGAUGAGCCUGAUGCUUUCAAAAGGUUAGGCACUGGAAAUCGCAUGGCAACUUUUUUGAACUACAUGAGUGAUGUAGAAGCAGGAGGUGCCACGGUCUUCCCAGACUUUGGAGCAUCAAUCUGGCCAAGAAAGGGAACAGCUGUGUUCUGGUACAAUCUCUUCAGGAGUGGGGAGGGAGACUACAGGACAAGACAUGCAGCCUGUCCUGUUUUAGUGGGAAGCAAAUGGGUGUCAAACAAGUGGAUUCAUGAAAGAGGACAGGAGUUCAGGAGACCGUGUGGCCUCACAGAGGUGGACUGAAGUUUCCUUUUGGACACACUAACUAACACAGAAAUGCACACACUCCAGACUGACGUCAUGGUUUGCAAAGCAGCAACAGAGACAUUUGUGUAGGAUUUUUGUAAGUUUUCUCGUUUAAACUCUUGAAAGGAAGGUGGCAACCCUUCUGGGGAGCUGGUUAGCUCUUUUAUUAAGUAAGUCACACUCCAAAAAGGAAAUAUGCCCCGGUCAGAUUGUUGAUAUAUUGUCUUAUAUUUAAGAAAACAAUUCUAGCCCAUUGUUUUUCCACAAAAAAAAAGAGAAGACCACAUUUUGAAAUAUUUUUAAUUAAAUGUUUUAACUGUCAAAAAAAAUGACUGUUGAUGUUUUUUACACAUAUUUUAUUGAAACAUUUAUUGUGAAGCAAACACAUCAUUUUGAUACCUGCUGUUACAAAUGAAAACUUACAACUAAUGUUUCUAUUCAAAAAAGAUAUAUUUAAUGAAGUAAUACUGAGGUAAUACAAAACUGUCAACACCCAAAGUUAUAUAUUUUGUAUUGGUUUUACACCCAAACUCUUGUGUUCAGACUACAUGGUAAAUCUCGCUUUUCCAAAGGUUUUUUUUUUAAUGUUUUUUAUUUUUAAGUUAUUACAUUGUUACACCCCCAUGCCAUAGGAAUGCAAAAACCAAUAAACACUGUUUGUUUUUCAAAUA